CAUCAGCAGAAGAUUUUGGGGGGCAAAACCAAGCAAGCGUGCAGAAACGCCAGGGUUGUCGAUCAUGCUUUUUCGAGAAGCCCAUUCGAUAUGCAAGCGUCAUAGCUGUCGAUCGAGGGUGACAUAAAGAUAUAUUCCGACCAUGCAUCACUCUACCGUCGGCAAGCCCAGGCGGCAGCGAUCCGUGAUGAGUCCAAAUAGGGAGGCAUCAAUAGUCGAACCACGACGAUUGGCACCUGCAUUUAGUGUAGUACAGCUGUGGUCGGACCUCCAGACCAAGCCAAUUUAUGGACCCAGUCCUCGAUUUUCCUGCUCCACCACUAACAUAGAUUUAUUUUUUUUUUUGCAAUCUACGCAUCUGGAGACGGUCAGGGUCCUUGAAGGGCAAGAAAGGGCCCAAACCAAGUAUGACGACCCAAAUGCGAGGCAAAGACUGGGGGAGGAAAAAGAAAAGGCCAUAGCCAUCCGCCCACAGGCUCUGGAAAACAAAUCCGCCCCGGACUCGGCUUGCCAAGAACGACCAAUGAGGAAACGAAAGCAGGGGGGCAGUGAGCUGACUGUCUCUGGUGCGGCCGUCGAGCCUACCACAGAGCGCGUGCGCCUUGUCCUCUUUGCUAAGAUGGCCGGAAGACGAUGGAUGGCAGAUCGGGAGGGGCGAAGCGCACCGGUGGUUUCGCAUUCCUUGAUGCCCGCCGCUCUUCCUGCCAGCGCCGAUCCAGUCGCCCGCGGGCGCUAGCCCCUUUCGUCCCUGGCGAGAUAUUAGAGCAUCUGGCCAUCUGCAUCCUCGCCCUCGUUCCACGUCCACGACAUGGCGAGAUUUGCAAUCGUGCUCCCCUCAGUGGUUCGUCCGGGCCUGCCUGGUGAGCCCAUUUAUCAAGGCGGCCCAAUGAGCACGACAGAAUGACCCCCUGAUCUAGACGCAUCAAUUUCCUAUAUACUAGACCUCAUCUACAGAUCAACUAGAUCUAUGAAUGCGCCGCGAUGCACCUAACAACGAGCACUGUAGACCUCCAAAAGUACGGAUUGGGCCAUUGGGCAGCAACGCCCUUUAA